UAAGAAUAGGAAAAAUGAAAAAAAAAAAAAAAAACAGAAACAAAUAAUAAUGGAAAACCAGAAAAAGAGGAAGACUAGAAUCGCAGAAAUAUUUAACGAGGGGUGUCGCUCGUAGAGAAGGUAUAUAAUUUGUAUGCACCUAUGUACCCACUUCGGUUUAACAGGCGCGACGCGUCUAUGAUGGCAAAAUCGAUUCUUCUGCAAAUUAUAGGUACCGUACAUACAUAGAAUAUGUGCCUCUGAAUAAUAAGUUUGCACAGGUAAUUUUGCAACAUCCAACAUAGGCGGGAGAAAAAACGAAGUAUACAUCAGCACUGCGAAUUCGCAGCGACUUGUGACGCGCGAUGUCCAAAUCCAGGUUCGUUGAGAGAGAGAGAGAGUUUUCGAACCUCUUGACGUGCGCCUUCCAUACAUACCUGUGUAUAUUAUGUGCACGUAUACAAUCUGUCAACCUACGCUCAUACGUACGCGGAUAAUUCGCAAAACAAGUCUCGAAAUGAGUACAAGAGUUUAUAUUGAAACAGUCGGAAAGAAUCCGGUGGACCGUUUGCAUCGUUUGUCAUUACCAUCUAGCGAAGAAAAUAAUUUUCUACUUUCUUACCGUCUCUCAUCUUUUUUUUUCUCUUCGCGUUUUCAUCGCCAGUUACGCGUGUUCGGUAAAAUGUGAAACGUAUAGAUCCCAGUGGUUCGAUUGAAAAAUUAUUGGAGAUAAUUCAUUUUUCCCCUAUUUAAUAAACGCCGAAAAUAUUAUGGAAGUAUUUUCGAACUUGCGAUUAUUUCCGAAGAUAUUCUUUCUCACUUUGAUUGUUUUCAAAGUCGAGCGAUUAAAAAUUGUCGAAACUGCCCCUGCAGGGGAAAAUAAAAAUCUUCACACCGUCUCGGAUCUGUUCAAAGGGCUGGACGAUCUCGCAACUAAUGACUCAAAAAUUCCUGCAAACGCCGCCGAGGAUCUUGAAAAUCUUUUUAAAAUAGUCAGCGAAAAAUCAUUCACAAAUUCCAAACCGAGACAACGACCCGCUGGAUUUUACAAUCCUGCUAAUUAUGGAACGUUUGGACAGAACCCGAAUUUCGGUUAUCCCGGAGGAUUUUAUCCCCCUCCAGCUUUACCUCCCGGAUAUCAGCAGGGAUUGGACUCGGGUGGUUUCGGACUAAUCGACGCCCUGAAUUCCAUCAGUCAACACGAUGAUUUGAAAUGCGUGCCGAGAUUAUUGUGCGAAAUAGCAACGGGGUCUAGCCCAGGAAAUGGUGAUUACAAAGCUUCGGGUUUCGCAGAGUUUGGGAAGAACACUUUACUAGGACUUUUGACCGCUUAUAACUUGGAGGCGGCUUCCCCGGUCUUGGGAUUUGGAAAGGCGGCUCUAUUGGGCUACACGAACAGAGGCGAUCCUUCGAUUUGCUACAACGAAUACGUUAGGUGUCCAAAUGACCCGAGGGAUCUCGUACAUUAUUUGAACAACCACAACGGAGGAUUCUUCAGGUUUUUUAGAAAUGGCCACGGGACAGGGAGGAGACGGAAGUCGUCGGAGGAAACUUGGUUUUUGGAAAAACCAGCGACCCGAAAUCACUCACAUUUUCAAAGGGGCUUUUAUUCAUUUGGUUCAGUCUACGCUAAGGGGAUGAAGAGGAUCAGUUUCGUUGGUAAGCGACCAGCACCGCCUCCGGGACUUUCUGGUCCAGAAUCCGAUCGGACGGGCACCGGAAAACUAAAAUUCGACGUCCCGGAUGAGGAGCAGGACAUUCCCGCGUAUCGAGAUUCAUUUUCCAAGGUCGUUUUUCCGAAGGACGACGAAGAGGCGGUCAGAGGUACGAGGGUGUCGAAAUCUCUGGUAUCUGGUGCCGUUAGGGUUCCGGGAUUUUUUCCCGACGACUCCGUUGCAGCCUCGUCUUCGGAAAAUCACAGGUUCCAUUUUCCCUCGCGGGAAUACGACUACGAUCGGGAUACGGAAAAAGCGAACAUUGUAAUUUUCGAAAAUUCCUCGGUGUCAAAGAAAGGACGUCUGGUGGACUUCGGUAGUCGGGAAGAAGAACCUCUGCCGUCGUCAUCGUCGUUAUCUUCGACGUCUCUCUUCAAAUUUCCCGAGUCAGGAUAUUCCGAAAAUUUCGACGAUGAUGACGAACAUGUUGCCGUAGAUAUAUGGAACCUACGGAACAAUAUGGCCACUUAUCCAAAAUACAGGACUGUCCUCGAAAAGUCUGCGAAGCCUAUCAUCAUGAGUUUGGUGCAAAAAAUUUGUGUAAAUGAGUGAUCUAUUUAUUUUUAUGAUAAAUGUAUGAACAUGCUGUAAAGAUUUUAAUUUUUAAUUGCGAGUUUCGACUCUAUGAAGUUCGAUCAAAUUAUUGAUCCAAUGUUGAUCGAUGUAGAAGUAUCGUAAGUAAUAUUGCGAGUAGUGUGAGCACACCAUUCGAAGUCAUUAUGAUCAUAGAUAGGUGAAUGGCUUUGUCGAAAUGCAGCCGUAUGAGGCAUGACAAUGUCCCAACAUGUAUUUUUUGAUGUGAAUUG